AUGAUGGAUUUUGAUGAGCGUGUCCCUUCCUCCUCUAAUAUGUAUUUGCCAAGUUGUACGUACUACGUGUCGGCUCCUGACUUCUCCAGCCUCCCUUCUUUCCUGCCCCAGACCCCGUCUUCUCGCCCCAUGACAUACUCCUACUCCUCCAACCUACCCCAGGUCCAACCUGUGCGAGAAGUCACCUUCAGGGAGUACGCCAUUGACCCAGCCAGUAAAUGGCACCCCAGGAACAAUCUCCCCCACUGCUACUCGGCGGAGGAGAUCAUGCACAGAGACUGCCUGCCUGCCACCAACACGGCCGCCGCCGCCGCCGCCGCGGCCGCCAGCAUGGGCGAGAUGUUCGGGAAAGGCGCCGCCAACGUCUACCACCCUACCACCACCACCGCUGCCGCCGCCGCCGCCAACGUCUCCUCCAGUUUCUAUAGCACGGUGGGCAGGAACGGCGUCCUGCCUCAGGCUUUCGACCCGUUCUUCGAGACCGCUUAUGGCACGGCGGAGAACCAUGCGGACUAUGCGGGAGACAAGAACGGCGAGAAAAUGCCCCCGGGAGGAGCAGCCGCUGCAGGGGGGGCCGGCGCUGCCGCUGCCGCCGCCGCCGCUGCAGCUUCAAGUUCGGAGGGGAGCUGCGGCAGGGAGGCGGCGGCGGCAGCAGCGGCAGCAGCAGAGGAGAAGGAGAGGCGGCGAAGGGCCGAGAGCAGCAGCAGCCCCGCUUCGUCUUCCGGCAACAAUGAGGAGAAAUCCAGCAGCUCCAGUGGACAACGUACCCGUAAAAAGAGAUGCCCGUACACCAAAUAUCAGAUUAGAGAAUUAGAGAGGGAAUUCUUCUUCAGUGUCUAUAUAAAUAAAGAGAAACGCCUCCAGCUCUCCCGAAUGCUCAACUUGACCGACCGUCAAGUAAAAAUAUGGUUUCAGAACAGAAGAAUGAAGGAGAAAAAAAUUAACAGGGACCGAUUACAAUAUUACUCAGCUAAUCCACUACUUUAG